CCGGUCACAUGACCGUGACAUCAGUCGGCUCCAGCGAGAUCUCCGGUAGGGCUGCAGGCUGGGGAUGGUGACUGCACUGGGGCUGUCAGAGGAGCCCGCACCGCCGCUCAGCACGGGGACACCGGGGACCGGCAGUGCCGGGAGCGGCUGAUCUGUACCGGGGAGGAGGAGAGCGCCGACAUCGCCGCACAGCCCUGGACGGAAUGAUGAACAGGUUCAGAAAGUGGCUCUACAAGCCCAAGAGGUCGGACCCGCAGCUUCUCGCCCAAUUCUACUAUGCAGAUGAAGAGCUGAACCAGGUGGCUGCCGAACUGGACAGCCUGGAUGGGCGGAAGGACCCUCAGAGGUGUACGCUGCUUGUGAACCAGUUUCGCUCCUGCCAGGACAACGUUUUGAAUAUCAUAAACCAGAUCAUGGAGGAAUGCAUUCAGCACGAGCGAGCAAACCGGGAUUUUUGUGUCAAAUUUCCAGAAGAAAUUCGUCAUGAUAAUCUUGCAGGGCAGCUGUGGUUUGGCGCAGAGUGUUUGGCUGCCGGCUCAAUCAUAAUGAACCGGGAAAUAGAGAGCAUGGCCAUGAGACCGCUGGCUAAAGACCUCACCAGAAGCCUGGAGGAGGUCAGGAACAUCAUCCGCGACCAGGCCCUCAGGGAUCUGAACAUGUACACCGAGAAAAUUAAGGACUCCCUUCGGCAUUUUGAUAUUCUCUUUGCAGAGUUUGAAUUAAGUUAUGUGUCGGCCAUGGUCCCUGUGAAAACUCCAAAGGAGUACUACGUUCAGCAGGAAGUAAUAGUCCUAUUCUGUGAAACCGUAGAAAGAGCCUUAAAGCUUGGAUACCUCACACAAGACAUGAUUGAUGAUUAUGAACCAGCAUUAAUGUUUACAAUUCCUCGACUAGCCAUUGUGUGUGGGCUCGUUGUUUACUCUGAAGGACCUCUAAACCUUGAACGCAAACCAGAAGACAUGUCAGAACUCUUUCGGCCUUUCCACACAUUGCUAAGAAAAAUCAGAGAUCUUCUUCAGACAUUAACAGAGGAAGAGCUACAUACUCUAGAGCGGAACCUUUGCAUAUCCCAGGAUAUGGAGUUUCCUGUCCGGUCUGACCCAGAAGUGCCCACAGCAAUCUCUCCUGUCUUAAUUGCUGCCUUACCCUCAGAAGAACCACUUUCUUCAAAAACUGAGAACACGGAGGUAGAACUGGCUUGCUCUAUGCAGUAUGAUGAGCAGGAGCUGGAGCAGCUUAAUAUGAUGGUCCACAGAGUUGGCGAUGAAAUGUCCUCUUUACUUUCUCCACCAAGUGUCUGUCAGUCACCUGCUCACAGGGCUAGCUCCAGCACCGAGGCCUCACCAAGCAGACGCCCUAGAGACCAACUGGAUGAUGAGGAUAGGGUGUUCUUCAUGGACGACCUUGAUGGAGCCUUAGAUGGACUUUCUAGAAGAAGAAUCUCGGAAAAUACAAGUUCUUGGGUAAACAAUUCCUGUUAUAAACCUAAGCAGACUUCUCUGUGCCAAGACACACUUGUACAAAAUGGGGAUAUAGACCACAUUGAUCCAUUGAAGGAAACGGAAAGUGAUAUAAGCAAUAACAACAACAUUGAUGGAACUAAAAUACUCAUGUCAAGUGCUACUCUCCAAAACUCUUGUAGUUGUUUAGAGAUGACAGAUUCACAGGUAUACCUCAAUGGCUGGGAUGUGAAUGGUGAUGAUGCAGAGACGGCGGAAAUGAUAGCUACCAGAACUGGCGGAAUGAAAAUCUCAGCAACUGUAAUCUUCAAUCCCAAAUCAUGUGCAACUUCAGCUUCUCUGGAAACGUCUCCGGAUUUAGCCUGCAGUCACUCCCCUCUUUCUUCAGACCCUUUAACAAGUCUUGAAGGGGAUGAGGCCCACAAACUUACCUUAGCAGCCACAAACUGCUUAAUUAAUUCAUGCGUGUGUUGUGGUAGCUGUGAUGAUACAAGGGAGGAUAGCUUGGAAAGCUUAACAACUGUUCGCUCACCGGGUAAAGUGAUAAAUGCUUCCUAUAGCUUAAUAAAGUCCAAAGAGAUUGGUCAUUUAGACAGACGAGAGUGUGCAGUGUCUGCUAAAGAGGUGUUGAUUGAAACCCCCCCUGUUUUGUUGCUGGAAAAAGACAGACAGGAGCAAAGACACUCCAACUCUUCUAAGUGCCUGGCACAUACCUCAGGUUCACAAAUAGGGAUGGACAGUGACUCUGAAGAGGCUGUGGGGGCCUCAAGUCCGCAACUGAAGGGAGUGUUAAAAAGGAAAGACCGUGACGAGAAUAACAGGCAAACACGGCAUACAGAAGAGGCCUGCUUGGAUGCCACGGCUAAAGGAGAUAUUAUAACUAGCACAAGUUCCCAGGAUGACAUACGCUCCUCUCCGCUCCACUCCGCCGCCAGCAGUGACUAUGACAGUGUCUCUGUCACUUCAUGUAGUCUCUCCAGCAUUUCCACUCUGAGCUUGAUGACCAGCUCCUGUUCAUCGGAUGACAUUGAUCAGGAGGAAAUACAGCUGGCCUUGCAGGCUGCGAAGAUUGCGUCCAGAGAAAAGAUCAGAUCCCGCUUCCACAGCAGUAAUGACCUCAUUCACCGGCUCUUUGUCUGCAUCUCAGGUGUUGCUGAUCAGUUGCAGACAAACUAUGCAAGUGACCUAAGGAGUAUCCUAAAGACUUUGUUUGAAGUCAUGGCCACCAAACAGGAGAUAGAUGACAAAGGGAAACCGAAAAAAGUGAGCCAAGGCCUGAGGAGUUCUGCUCUAGAAGAUUGUGCUCUCUGUCAGGAAACCAUCUCCUCCUCAGAGCUGGCUGCCAAGGCCCGCGAUGGGGAAUUUGAAGAUCCUCCUGACUGGGUCCCGGAUGAAGCUUGCAGUUUGUGCACCGCAUGCAAAGCUCCUUUCACAGUGAUACGCAGGAAGCAUCAUUGCCGCAGCUGUGGCAAGAUCUUCUGUUCCCGCUGCUCUUCCCACUCUGCCCCACUACCGCGAUAUGGGCAGAUGAAACCAGUCCGCGUCUGCACACACUGUUAUAUGUUCCAUGUCACUCCUUUCUACAGCGACAAAGCUGGGAUAUGAUGUCCUGACACACCUCUCCCACCUCGCAGGCAGAUGGCUCCUAAGUCUUGUUGCUUUUGACCCACGCCAAGAAUUACUCUGAGAAAGGGACUUUGCUGGAGGCAUGCUGGUUUUCAUUUAAAAACUUCUUAAUACCUGUACAGAGAAGUUUGAUUAUGGAUUUUUUUUUCCUUUAUUUCUUAAGCUGCUAAAGAAAAGGAUGAAAUGUCUGUGGCUCCCAGCUUCAGUACAGUCUUCCAGAUGUUUUGGUUCUGACAUGACAGACACCAUGACACCAUAAUGCUUUGAAGAUCCUCACUGCGUCACGGAUUACCUUGAGUGGUAAAGAUUACCAGAUUGAUUGUAGCAUCUGUCACAGCACACAACUCUGAGGCAUGGCUGCACGUCUGUGCGCUCGUGAACGCUGCCGUCACCUGCACAGUUACGCUUCCAUUUUACCUUUUGUCGCCGUCUCCCUUUUAUUUGAGGAAAAGCAAAUCGAGCAGAAGAGUUGUUUUGUGUUCCAGAAGAGAAAAGACGGUUUGUGUACAGAGCAAUAUUUCACAGUGUCAGGACGAGAAGUCAUUUAUUUAGUAAUACUUUCUGUAUUUUAAUUUAUAUAGUUUAAGGUAAACUCCUCUCAAAAUCAAUAAUUCAAUAUUGUAUUUUUUUUAAACAAUGUUUCAGGGACUUUGUGGGGGAAGAUGAGAUAUCCCCUCCAGAAUUUCCAACUAAUGUACCCAUUACAAGGCUAGAUUGUGGUACUGUACACCCUCCAUAUCAUGACCCACCAGCUAGAAUGUUGGAGCUUCAUAUAGGUUUCAGUGCCAAGCACUUUGCAGACAAAGAGGGGAGGGCUAUUGUUUUAAGUAGGACUACUGUACACAUAGCAGGCUAAGCCCCUCUGUAACACCCCAACACAGAUCCAGGAACGGUUCCUGCAAUGAGAUGGGCUCUCCAAUAUCAGAAACUUUGAAGCUGCAUCUAGAGUGGGCUUCAGGAUUUGUACUUGGUUCAAACAUCUGUAUUGGGGGUAUAAAGUAGAUGGGGGAGGUGCAUUGGCUUGGUUUUACUAUAAUGAUAGAUCUUUAUGCCCUUUAGUUAGCAGUUGAUUGGGACCUUUUCUGAAGUACAGUCAGACUGAAUGCCCAUCAAGCAGGCGAUCCCCCUUCUUCCAUUGACAAGUCUUCUCCCAGUGCAAGGAAAACUGGAAAAAGAAUACAGAACGCGCUUUUGGGACUCUUUAGUCCAUUAGUGAGCUUUUACGAGAAAAGAGUAGUUGGUCCUACCUCUGCAGAACACAUGCCUUCAUCUAUACCUAGCCCUCUAAGGGAAGCAUCUCUGUACUGUGUUCCAUGUGCUACCAGUCACUAGAGCUAAGUGCUUAUGACCUAACAACACAGAAAUGAAAUCCUAGUAAUUUCUUAUGUUUUUUUUUUCAUCUUUACAGAAUUUCAAGGAUAAAGGUAGAAAAUAAAUUUGUCUUGAAAGAGAAGUUUGUGAUUAAAAAAAAAUAAAAGUUUAUACUGAUUUAGGUGGAUGCAACAUUAAUCCCCCGCCGGCACUGCAGUGAGAACUGAGUGAUCAAACAUUGCAGAUCGCUCAGUUCUUUUGCUCUGCCUCGAACAGAGAGCCAUGACUAUCUAUGCUCUCCCCUCCAGUGCUCAUUGGCAUGUUGGGCUGUGGAGGGGGCGGUAGGACUUGGUUCAAGCUCUCAGCAAAUUGCUGAGAGGCUGAGCCAGGUGUCAGUCCAGACUUCUGGGCGGAUCUCCAACAUAUAUUUCCUAAGUCUGGACCAGCUGAAUGACGUCAGCCAACAGCAGGCUUUAGUGGUCACGGAAGUAAAGAAGGAACUGUACUCCUGUGAUCCACAUAAGUAUCGCCAAAAAAACUUUGGUUACACGUCUCGUUUUAUUAUGGCCAGUGUGGUCUUCUUGCUUUUCCUAACAGCUAGGAAGUACACCAAGGGAGUACAAAGGGCUAUCUGUCGACAGAAGUGACAAGGACCUUGCUAGGUGUGUAGAGGGUCAAACUGCUACAGUAAAUCCUCACUAAUGGAGUGUCUGAGAGUGGGUGUCUUAUGUCACCCAGCCAUACCAAAAUUUGAUUUAUUAGUUUUUGGUGGAGUUGUUCUUUUAAUACACAGCAAUAAUUUUUUUUUUUUUUUUUUAAAUAAUACAUAUACAUAUUCAGCUGCUGAAAACAAGACACCUCAGAACCUUUUAUUUUAACUGGAAAAAAAUAUUGCUGAUGACUCCAUACUGGACAUGGCGUGACAUGAAUCCGGUGAUGGAGUGCAUUUCUGUAGUUUUCACGUGUGGAACUAUAAAAGUUCCUGCAGUACUUCCAGAGUGGUUUCCCAACAGAAGAGACUAUAAGUGCAAUCCAUUUACUGAUGUACAGCCAAGGAUAGGACCGACUAGAACUGUCAUUUAUUGGGUUCAACAAGGCUCAAUCACCCCAUACCAGCUGGUUUUAUUUGUUUCUGUUAGCAGGAUCUCUGAAGGUUCUCAGCUCUGCGAACCUGCACCAGGGGAAAUACUUUCUGCUGUAUUUGCUUAUAUUUUACAAAAAGAAUGUCCAUGUUUGGUAUCCUAAUGACUGCUGCUUUCAUUUAAAUUACAGUGCAGGGUUUUCAUGGCGGCAGAGUUUUCGUGGCUGGCAUCUCUGGAGAUAUGAGAAGUCACUGGGUAGUUUGACAUAGUCAAUUAAAAUAAAAUAAAACUUUUCUUUUUGGGUGGAUAUGUCCUUUAAAAGUGAGAAAAGUGUUUGUAAACCAUUACUUAUACCCAUUGAAGUGACUGGCCUCAGGGAAUACACAGAGAUGAAAAAAACCUCCUACAUAGGUUAUAACUGUUUAUCUGCACUACAGCUGUUCAAAGUGCUGAAUAUUUAAAGAUCGUCAGAGUU